AAAAAAUAAUAAAAAAAGAAAAAUAAAAAUACAAUUAUUAUUCAAAUAUAAACAGUAUAAAGAUGAUCGAAGACUUUAAACAUAAUUAUAUCAAAUUGCAUCAUUUGUGUUACAUUUUUGGAUGUUGGUAACUCUAGAUUGAAGGAAUAUUUGUCAUGGCGGCCACAACUAUGGCAAGAAGCUUGGAUGAUUGAGUAAUUUUGGAUUGGAACAUACAUUUAUAUCGAAGAAAAGUUUAAAGUUUUUGAAAAUGUAAUAUGGAGUCAUUCUUAGCAUUAUUUGACCCAGAGGAUGACAAAAAUAUUAUAAGAGGCACAUGGGAUGACUCAGAGACUAAAGAAAAUGAUGUAUCGGAUUGUGAAAAUUACAGUGCUGAUGAAAAUCAAGAAGAAAAAUUACCACCAGAACCAGAGCAAGGCAAUGUUGAAUAUAAAUUGAAAUUAAUAAAUCCAUCUAAUCAACGAUUCGAACAUCUUGUUACACAAAUGAAAUGGAGACUCAGAGAAGGUCAUGGAGAGGCAAUUUAUCAAAUUGGUGUUGAAGAUAAUGGAAGAUUGACAGGCUUAUCAAAAGAUGAACUAAAGGCAUCUCUUAAAACUUUAAAAGAAAUGGCUUCUAGAUUAGGUGCGACAACUUGUGUGCUUCGUGAAAGAGUUGCCAUUUCUAAAUAUAAAAAUAUUAAGGAAAAAAAAUGUGAUGGUGAGAGAAGAGUAGCCGAAGUUCUGGUGAAGAAAUUACGAAAAGACGAUAGAGAGGAUCAAGGAAGUGUUGUUGACUUGAGAUUGGCAGUAAUAGGUGCUCAGGAUGCUGGAAAGUCAACUCUCUUAGGAGUAUUAACGCAAGGUGAAUUAGAUAAUGGUAGAGGGAGAGCAAGAUUAAAUAUGUUACGACAUCUUCACGAAAUAAAAACAGGCCGCACAUCGUCGAUUUCGCACGAAAUUAUCGGAUUUGAUAACGAAGGACAUGUCUUAAAUUACGCUGAAAUGACAACGGCUGAAGAAAUUUGCGAACAUGCUUCGAAAGUUGUUACCUUUAUAGAUUUGGCUGGUUAUCGCAAAUAUUUAAGAACAACAGUUUCUGGAUUAACUGGAUAUUCUCCUCAUUAUGUCAUAUUGGUGAUUGCACCACCAAUGAACGAAGCGUCACAAGAACAUAUGGCUCUUUGCCUGACAUUAAGACUUCCAUUUUUCAUUGUUUUAAAUAAAAAUGAUCUUGGGUUUUAUGAUACUCAUGAUACCUUAGUUCAACUAGAAAAUGCUAUACAAGCGCAUGGUUACUCUAAACAAUUAUUAUUAUAUAAUAUUAAUAACAAUAUAUCACAGUAUUAUGAAACAGAUAUUAUACCAGUAUUUACAGUCAGUUGUGUUACUGGAAAAGGUUUAGGAGAAUUAACAUCAUUUAUUAGAAACUUACCACCAUCUGAAACAAAUCCUACGGAUUCAGAUCCAGAAUCGUGUCUAUUCCAAAUUGAUGAAACAUUUAGAGUUGCUGGUUUAACUCAACCUGUUUUGGGUGGCUUACUUGUAAAAGGUGCAAUUGCACCUGGAACACGAUUAUUGGUAGGACCUUUACCUGAUGGUAAAUUUAGCCCUGUAAAAGUUGCUAGCAUACAUCGUAACAAAGCUCCUUGUUGUUUGGUACGAGCAUCACAAAGUGCCAGUUUAACUUUGGCACCAUCGACAAACCAUAGUCCACCUCUACCACAUUUUCGACCAGGCAUGGUUUUAGUUUCUGUGCGAGAUAAGCCACAUGCAACUUUAUUUUUUCAAGCUACUGUAUUAAUUGUUUACCAUGCUACUGCAAUUUUUUCUGGUUUUCAAACUACUGUUCAUGUAGGUAACGUAAGGCAAACGUGUAUAAUUGAAGGUAUAAUGGAUAUGAAAGACAGAGGUUUACAAACAAAUGACACAGCGUCUAUAUUAUUUAGGUUUGUUAGUCAUCCAGAAUACCUUCAUGUUGGAAUGCGACUUUUAUUAAGAGAGGGUCGUACCAAAGGAAUUGGUAAAAUCACACAAACUUUUCCUUUAAUUGGUUCCCAACAUACUAUACAAUAAUUGAAAAUAGAUGACUAUGUAAAAUAAAAUACUUAUAUAACACAAUUAGUUAGAUAACACAUGUGCGUGUUUAUUGUGUAUGUACAGUAUAUUAUUUUAAAGAGAGGUACUUGACUUUAAAGAGAUCUUCUUUAAAAAAAGAAAAGAA